AUGGAUAUUUCCCAAACAACCAUACAUAAUGAGCAGCAACAUAUAGCAUCAGAUACACAACGUGAACAGAUACACCCAAUCAAGGAGAUCACAUUUGGUGCCAUCUCGGGUAUGAUCGGGAAGUUAGUAGAGUUCCCAUUUGAUACCAUUAAGGUUCGUUUACAAUCCUCGAACUCGGUGCUUCCUAUUUCUACUUUUCAGAUGAUCAGCCUGACUUACAAGAACGAAGGAUUCUUUAAUGGGUUUUAUAAAGGGUUAAAGGCUCCAUUAUAUGGGGCGUGUUUAGAAACAGCAAUCUUGUUUAGUUCGUACAAUUUAGCAUCCACCUUUUUUGUCAAUACCCUUAAUGAUUAUGAUAAAUCGAGUAGACAUCAUGUUGAUAGUCUCCCAUUUUGGACUAAAUGUGCAUCUGGUGGGUUUGCAGGGUUUGCUGCUUCAUUCAUAUUAACUCCAGUUGAACUCAUCAAGUGUCAGCUUCAAGUUGUAAACUUGGUGUCUGAAGGUAAGAGUACUGCAUCAUAUUCUUCAUUAAUCAAGUCUACAUUGAGAAACGAAGGUGUUACGGGAUUAUGGAACGGAUUAAGUUCAACUAUGACCAGAGAAGUUAUAGGAACAUCUAUAUGGUUUGGAACCUAUGAGUAUAUCAAUGACUAUUAUAAGACAGCAAAAGAUCCUUGGAUUAAGAACCAUGACAUACAGCUUUUACUCAGUGGUGCAAUGGCUGGUGUAACAUUCAAUUUAUCUAUGUUUCCUGUUGACACUGUCAAAUCCAAUAUCCAAACCCAAGGUAUUUAUAACAAGCAAGGUAUUAAUGCUGGGUUCUGGUCAAUAUUUAAAUCACUCAUUUCUAAAAAUGGAGGUGUUAAAAACUUAUAUAAGGGGUUAGGCAUUACAAUGGUUAGAUGUAUCCCUGCUAAUGCGUUAAUAUUUUACAGUUACGAGGUACUCAAACGGAAUUUCUAA